UGGCAUUGUCACUCCCAACCCGGGACCAGGACGUGUCCAACGCCCGAUUCACCCACGCUGCUGGCGGCUGGGCUGAGGCACCCUGGCAAGGGCGAGGGGCAGAGCCAGUGUGGAGGCCGGAGCGGCGCAGGUGCAGACCGAGCACCGCUGGCCCAAGACUACGGCUGACUCUCUGACCACGGCUGGUCACCCAGGAUCAUUGUUGAAACGGCCUCACUAGGUUGCUCUAGAUCUUCCUGCCUCAGCCUCCCAUAGUGUCGGGGUUAUAGGAGCAUGCAUAUCAUCACAGCCAAAUGAUUUUAAAAAGGAAAGUUCUGGCAAUGGCAGUGACACUUGGGAGGAUGAGGCAGGAGGGUCAGUUCAAGGCUACUGCAUAGUAAGGCUGGCCUGAUCCCAUCCCGAGUGCGUUUCAUAAAUAAAUAACAUCCCUAUUAAUGAACUGGUUUAAAAGCGGAACUGCAACUAACAAUGAAUGUCACUGACUCAAAAAAAAAAAAUCUCAAAAAUCUAUCCACUUACCCUAAGUAAAAUCGCUGUUUCAAUUCCUUAGUUGUGUCACUGUUCGGGUUUUUUUUUUUUUUUUUUUUGGUUUUCUUUGUAUAGAUACUCACUAUGGUAACCCAGGCUGGCCUUCAACUUGAGGCUAUCCAGCCUCGGCCUCCAGAGUACCAGGAUUACAGACAGGCCUGUACUACCACGCCCAGCGGGUUUCAACUUAGCGAUCUUAUAGCUCUUGGCUGUAGUCGCUGGGGUCAACUCCCACGCUGCCUAGACAUGCGUGCGCAUGCCUGGGCCUGCGUGAGCAGAAGGCAGCAAAAAUGCGAUGUUCUGAAUCGCGGAUUUUCUGGUUACAACACCCGCUGGGCCAGAAUCAUCCUUCCGAGACUGGUGGGGAACUGGGACAGCCCCACAGUGGUGACCAUUUUCUUUGGUGCCAAUGACAGCUCCUUGAGAGAGGAGAACCCCAGGCAGCACGUACCCCUGGACGAGUUUGCGGCCAACCUGAGCUCCAUGGUGCACUACCUGCGCUCCGUGGGCAUCACUGAGAGCCGUGUAGUCCUAGUCACGCCACCGCCAUUGUGCGAGGCUGCCUGGGAGCGGCACUGCCUGGCACAAGGUCACAGGCUGAACCGCAAGAAUGAGGUGGCCGGCAAGUAUGCCAGGGCAUGCGCACAGGUAGCCCAGGACUGUGGGACAGAUGUCCUCGACCUAUGGACUCUGAUGCAAGAGGACAAUCAGGAUACCUCUGCCUUCCUGUCGGAUGGACUCCACCUGUCACCAAAGGGAAACGACUUUGUCUUCUCACACCUGUGGCCCCUGGUGGAGAGGAAGGUGUCGGCCCUGCCCCUGCUGCUCCCUGACUGGAAGGAUGUGGCGGCAGGGGACCCUGAGUGGAGCCUGUUGGGCGAGGGGGGUCCUGCACCUGCUGAGAUGGACUGAGGGGCCUGCUGGGGCCCCAGACACCCUGCUCUUGGAAUGGCAUGAGGAAGGACAGUCUCUGUUUUUAAAAAGUCAGUUUUAUGAAAAA